UCGAGGGCCUCUCUUUUUCCUCUCAGCCGACAAGAUGGCGGCGGUGGCGGCAGCGGAGGAGGCGUCGCUGUCGGCGAGGGAGGCUUUCUCCGCCUGAACGCCUAUACUUCCCCGGCCGGAGAGGCCAAGGCGGAGAGAUGACCGCGGAGCCCGUGAGUGAAAGCAAGUUGAAUACAUUGGUGCAGAAGCUUCACAACUACUUGGCUCAUUCGUCAGAAGACUCUGAGGACACAAAUCCUCCUCCAAGCUUAUCCAUGAGCAAAAACACAGAUAACAAUACCAUGCCUGGGAAUAUUUCAUCUCCAGCGGAAAACAGCAGAGAGGAGGGUAGCAGUUCUUCUGAAAAAUCCAAAUCAUUAGGAUCAUCACGCUCCAAAAGGAAACCCACAGUUGUAACAAAAUAUGUUGGCUCAGAUGAUGAACAAACUUUAGAUGAAACCAUGCAUCAAGAUGGUUCUAAUGAAAACUCAGAAAAUGAAGUUGAUAUGAAAAGUUUGCCUAAAGGUACAGUAGUUGUACAGCCAGAGCCAGUACUUAAUGAAGAUAAAGAUGACUUUAAAGGACCUGAAUUUAGGAGCAGAAAUACUGCUAAAAUAAAACCCGAAAGUCAAAAGAAGCGUGGAGAGGAAGGACUGCAUGGUAUUGUGAGCUGUACAGCUUGUGGUCAGCAGGUGAACCAUUUUCAGAAGGAUUCAAUUUACAGACAUCCCACAUUAAAAGUGCUUAUUUGUAAGACUUGCUUCAAAUAUUACAUGAGUGAUGAUAUCAGCCGUGAUGCCGACGGAAUGGAUGAACAGUGUAGGUGGUGUGCUGAAGGUGGAAACUUAAUUUGCUGUGACUUUUGCCAUAACGCCUUCUGCAAAAAAUGUAUAUUGCGCAACCUGGGCCGGAAGGAGCUGUCAAAUAUCAUGGAUGAAAAUAGCCAGUGGCACUGCUAUAUCUGCCAACCAGAGCCUUUGCUGGACUUGGUCACUGCUUGUGAUAGUGUGUUUGAAAAUUUAGAACAAUUAUUGCAGCAGAACAAAAAAAGGAUCAGAGUUGACAGCGACAAAAGUAAAAUGUAUGACAAUACACUCAAGUAUUCUUCAAAGAAAAAUAGCCCAAGUUGUAAUGGCGAAGAAAAGAAAGACCAUCCCUAUUCUGGUUCUCUAACCUACUCAUACAAAGCAUUAAUGGUGCCAAAAGACUUGCUCAAAAAAACAAAAAAACUAGUUGAAACAACAACUAACAUGAACUCUAGUUUUGUAAAUUUUUUAAAAAAGGCCACUGAAAACUCUGAAAUAAACCCUACUGUGCAUUUACGUCAGCUAAAGGCUUUUAAAUCCGUCUUGAGUGACAUCAGAAAGGCCCAUGUGGCUUUGGAGGAAAGUCUUAACCUGGAGAUUCAAGCUCUGGAUGUUAAAGUGGGGGGAAAAAUUACCAAAGAGAAUGAGAGUGACAUUAAAGUGGACAGCAGUGAAGCAAAGAAGACAGAAGCAAAGGAACCGAAGGUGCAUAAAACCACACCAGAGGUCAGUGAACAGGCAGAUCAGGAUGUUCCAGCAACGGAGCGAACAGGAAGCAAAAAAUCCCUUUCCAGAGAAAAAAAACCCGGGAAGAGUGAUGAGCUCCAAUACGAGCCCAAUAGCACCGAGGCAGAAACAGACAUGGAUAUUGUAUCUGUCCCUUCAUCUGUUCCUGAAGAUAUUUUUGAGUGUUGCAUGGAAGCACAGAAAGCAGGUGAACAGGGCGUUGCAAGCAAACCAGCAGAGCGAGCAGCAGCCAGCGCCAAUACAAAAUCAAAAGACGGUAGAGGAGGAAUGAAGCUGUCACCAUCCCCAAAAGUUAAGAAGGAAUUGGUUGUGAAACUGACUCCUGUUUCCAUCGCUGGUUCUGUAAAGUCUGAAGAUGCAGAUGGAAAGGUAGAUCAGAAGGAAGAUGGAACAGACAGUCAAGGGACUGAAUACCCAACUUCAAAUGAAGUCAUUUCGGUGGUAGAAGACCAUGAUCUCAGAAGGUCUCCGCGUGUUAAAACCACACCUCUGAGACGUCCAACAGACAUAAAGACCUUAACAUCUAAUUCUGAGGGGGAAAGUAAUGAUGUAUACAAUGAAAAACCUAGGAGAAAACCUGCACAGUCCAAAAGAAAAAAGGAUAAGCAGAGUUCUCCUGAUAGCACUGUUCGUAGUCCUCAUUCUGAUACACCUGCUGAGACUAGCAAACCAGACACAGUGGACCAAAGUUCUGAUUCUGAUGAGGUACCUGCAGUCCUCCAAGAAGUAGCCAUGAUGAGUAACAGUUCUUCAGACAUGGACAGCAACUGUGAAACGUCAACGGUAAAGAGUCAGCCUGCAAAGGAGGACAGCGGGAAGCGGAAAAGAAAAAGUUCCAGUUCUGGGUCAGAUUUUGAUGCCAAAAAAGGCAAAUCAAGUAAAGACUUAGCUGCUGCUAAAAAGAAACGCCAGAACCGUUCGGAUUCUUCUAAUUGCAAUUCUGAGUUAGAAAGGGAAUCUAAACAAGAGUCUUCAAGGAAAGCCACGAAAAAGGGCCCAAAGAGUGAGAAUGGUGGUUCUUCAGAAGAAGAACCAAAUAACAAGGCAAUGAAAUCAGAGCAGCAGGAGCAUGAAUUGUGCGAUGAAGUUGACAAUGUAGAACACUCUGGUGAAGAUAGAGAGAUGCUAGAUAAUUCUUUGGAAGAUGCACUAAGUACAGAGGAAAUGCCGACAGCCAAGCGAACGAGGGAUUCGAAAAAGAGACCCUCCAAAGGCAAGCAGGGUGUGUCUUCUGAAAAAGAAGAGAGUGCUAUCUCUGGCAAGGAGGGACAGGACCUGUCUUCUGAUGAUGCAGGACAAUCUGGAAGUCAAGAGCAGAGUGCAGAGUCUGCAGAUGAUGCUAGAAAGAAGACUAGAAAAAGCACAAAAGAAAAGAGUGUGAGCCAGAGGAAAACCUCUGCAAAGGGGCAAAGUGAUUCCUCUUCUGAAGUUGAGAAGCUGUCUGAAAAAGAGAGUUGCAAUGCUUCUGGAAGUAACAUCAAGAAGCAAGGGCCUGUAGAAGGAAAGGUGAGGAGGAACCUGAGAGAGCGAACUUCUAAGAAACUCCAGGGCAAUGCCGCAGACACUGAGAAAUCUCCCCAAGAUGAGCAGGUCUGUGAUACCUCUGAGGAUAACCUAAACAAAAAAGGGGGUAAUACGAAAGAAAAGAAAAAAGCAAGUCCCAAAAGAAGAAAUCCCAAAAAAGCAAGAGGCGACUUAAUGUCCUCUUCUGAUGAAGAGUUCUAUGAGGAGAAAAAGAACAAAAAAAGAGGGGCAGCCACUAAGGGAAAUAGUAAAGUAAGUCCUGAAGAGAGGCGAAAAUCUGGAGCUAAGAAAACAAAAACCGAAACGGUCACAAGCACGAGUACUUCGUCGUCAUCAAAUGAAGCCGAAGAGGACGUGAAUUCAGCCGGCGCCGAGAGCAGCGAUGAGCAGAAAAUUAAGCCUGUAACAGAAAGCCUGUUGGUGCCGACCAAAGGGGGAUUUUGCCAGUCUUCAGGUGAUGAAGGCGAGAAUAAAUCGGCCGCUGUGCCCAUGGAAGAGGAGGAAGAUGACGAUGAUGAUCCCGAGAAUAGAAUUGCCAAGAAAAUGCUUUUAGAAGAGAUCAAAGCCAAUCUUUCCUCAGAGGACGAUGCUUCUUCUGAUGAAGACUCCGAUGAUGGGAAGAAGAAGAAAAAAAGGCAAACUGGAACAACAGGUGAUAAUGAAGAAGACGAAGAGGAUAAUGACACUGACUCAGAUUCAGAUUCAGAUGCUGAAGAGGCUAAGAAGCCUAGAUACAGACACCGCUUGCUAAGGCACAAGUUGACCAUGAGCGAUGGAGAUUCUGAUGAAAAAUCAGAAAAGGGGAAAUCUAAAGACUCCAAGGAAGUUAAACGCAGAAAUAGAAGGAAAGUGAGCAGUGAGGAUUCAGAUAACUCAGAAGAAGAAGACAAUGAAUCUGGAGUCAGUGAAGAAGUCAGUGAAUCUGAAGAUGACCAGCGUCCUAGAACAAGAUCUGCCAAGAAAGCUGAAUUAGAAGAAAACCAGCGAAGUUACAAACAGAAAAAGAAAAGACGGAGAAUAAAGGUCCAGGAAGAUUCCUCUAGUGAAAACAACAAGAGUAAUUCGGAUGAUGAUGACAAUGACGAUUCCAAAUCUCCCGGGAAAGGCAGGAAGAAGAUACGAAAGAUUAUUAAAGACGAUAAACUCAGAACGGAAACACAAAAUGCACUUAAAGAAGAGGAGGAGAGAAGAAAACGGAUUGCAGAAAGGGAGCGUGAGAGGGAGAAGCUAAGAGAGGUUAUCGAACUAGAAGAUACACCACUGAAAUGUCCAAUUACAACUAAGCUGGUUUUGGAUGAAAAUGAGGAAACCAAAGAACCUAUAGUUCAGGUUCACCGAAACAUAGUUACAAAGCUGAAGCCCCAUCAAGUAGACGGUGUUCAGUUUAUGUGGGAUUGCUGUUGUGAAUCUGUGAAAAAAACAAAGAAGUCUUCGGGCUCUGGAUGCAUUCUUGCCCACUGUAUGGGUCUGGGGAAGACCUUGCAGGUAGUUAGUUUUCUUCAUACAAUCCUGUUGUGUGACAAACUGGAUUUCAGAACAGCUCUUGUCGUUUGUCCGCUGAACACAGCCUUGAACUGGCUGAACGAAUUUGAUAAAUGGCAAGAAGGCUUAGAAGAUGAUGAGAAACUAGAGGUGAAUGAACUGGCAACGGUCAAGCGCCCACAGGAGAGGGGCUACAUGCUGCAAAGGUGGCAAGACGAAGGCGGCGUCAUGAUCAUUGGCUAUGAGAUGUACCGUAACCUUGCCCAAGGGAGGAAUGUGAAGAGCCGGAAGCUGAAAGAAAUAUUUAACAAAGCAUUAGUUGAUCCAGGCCCUGAUUUUGUUAUAUGUGAUGAAGGACAUAUAUUGAAAAACGAGGCUUCUGCUGUUUCUAAAGCUAUGAAUUCCAUCAGAUCCAGGAGGAGGAUUAUUCUUACAGGAACACCACUGCAAAACAACCUCAUAGAAUACCACUGCAUGGUUAAUUUCAUCAAGGAGAAUUUGCUUGGGUCCAUUAAGGAGUUCCGGAAUCGAUUUAUAAAUCCAAUCCAGAACGGUCAGUGUGCCGACUCUACUCUGGCAGAUGUCAGGGUGAUGAAGAAACGUGCCCAUAUCUUGUAUGAAAUGUUAGCUGGCUGUGUUCAGAGGAAAGAUUAUACCGCCUUAACAAAGUUCCUGCCACCCAAAUAUGAAUAUGUUCUCGCUGUUAGAAUGACUCCUCUCCAGUGUAAACUGUAUCAGUACUACUUGGAUCAUUUGACAGGUGUCGGCAACAGCAGUGAAGGUGGAAGAGGCAAAGCUGGAGCUAAACUCUUCCAGGACUUCCAGAUGUUAAGUAGAAUUUGGACCCAUCCCUGGUGCCUGCAGCUGGACUAUAUUAGCAAAGAAAAUAAGGGCUACUUUGAUGAAGACAGCCUUGAUGAGUUCAUAGCAUCAGAUUCUGAAGAAACAUCUGAAGUGAGCAUAAGUUCUGAUGAAUACGCUAAGAAGAAAAAGCCCAAAGGUAAAAAAUCAAAGAAAGACAGUAGCUCCAGUGACAGUGGAAGUGAUAAUGAUGUUGAAGUGAUCAAAGUCUGGAACUCAAGGUCUCGCGGAGGUGGAGAAGGCAAUGCCGAAGAGCCAGCAAACGUUCCACCCGUUGUAAAGGCAGAGGAAGGUAAAACAGCUUCCACCUCCAACCCAGGCAGUCCGGCGCCAGAUUGGUACAAGGACUUUGUCACAGAUGCGGAUGCUGAAGUGCUGGAGCAUUCUGGGAAGAUGGUGCUUCUUUUUGAAAUCCUUCGCGUGGCCGAGGAGCUUGGGGACAAAGUCUUGGUGUUCAGCCAGUCUCUCAUAUCGCUGGAUUUGAUAGAGGACUUUCUGGAGCUAGCCAACCGUGACAAAGAAGAAGGCAAACCUAUAAUAUAUAAAGGUGAAGGGAAAUGGUUCAGAAACAUUGAUUACUAUCGUUUGGAUGGUUCUACUACGGCUCAGUCAAGAAAGAAGUGGGCCGAAGAAUUUAAUGAUGUAACAAAUGUCAGAGGCCGUUUGUUUAUUAUCUCCACGAAAGCAGGCUCCCUUGGGAUAAACCUUGUGGCUGCAAACAGAGUCAUUAUUUUUGAUGCGUCUUGGAAUCCAUCCUACGAUAUCCAGAGUAUAUUCAGGGUUUAUCGUUUCGGCCAGAAUAAAGCAGUGUUUGUGUACCGCUUCUUGGCUCAGGGAACAAUGGAAGACAAGAUCUACGAUCGGCAAGUAACUAAACAGUCGCUCUCGUUCCGGGUGGUUGACCAGCAGCAGGUUGAACGUCACUUUACCAUGAAUGAACUCACUGAGCUCUAUUCUUUUGAGCCAGACUUACUGGAUGAUCCUAAUUCAGAAAAGAAGAAGAAAAGAGAUACACCUAUGUUGCCCAAAGAUACGAUUCUAGCUGAACUGCUUCAGAUCCAUAAGGAACAUAUAGUGGGCUAUCACGAACAUGAUUCUCUCCUGGAUCACAAAGAGGAAGAAGAAUUGACUGAAGAGGAAAGGAAGGCAGCUUGGGCUGAAUAUGAAGCAGAAAAGAAGGGCCUGACUAUGCGUUUCAACAUGCCAGCCGGGACAAAUUUGUACCACACCAACUUCAACUCUCAAACACCAUACAUCCCCUUCAAUCUGGCAGCAUUGUCUGCUAUGAGUAACCAGCAGCUGGAGGAUCUCAUUAAUCAAGGCAGAGAGAAAGUCGUAGAAGCAACAAAUAAUGUUACUGGAAUAAGAAUUCAGCCCCUUGAAGACAUCAUUUCCAGUAUAUGGAAGGAGAAUCUGACCCUCUCAGAAUCCCAGGUCCAGGCCUUGGCUCUAAGCCGGCAAGCAAGCCAGGAGCUGGACAUAAAGCGUCGGGAGGCCAUAUACAAUGAUGUCCUGACAAAACAACAAAUGCUCAUCGGUUGCGUCCAGAGGAUCCUGAUGAACCGAAGGCUCCAGCAUCAGUAUACGCAGCAGCAGCAGCACCUGUCUUAUCAGCAAGUGGCUCAGCAAGCCGCCAUGAGCCACCUGAUGAUGCCAAAGCCUCCCGGUUUAAUUAUGAAUCCUUCCAACUUCCAGCAGAUAGAUAUGAGAGGGAUGUAUCAGUCGGUUGCUGGCGCGUUGCACCCCCCACCUUUGCAGCGCGCCCCUCCCUCGCUGAGUGGCAAAAAUCCAGGACCAUCCCAAGGGAAGUCAAUGUGAUUUUGCACUAGAAGGAUUGUUAAAAUCAGAUAGAGAGAGAGAGAGAAAUAACUUUUUUAUUUUUUUAGGAAUCAAUGGCUUAACAGAACUCAACUGUAUAAAUAUUUUGGGUGAUCCCCCAACAUUAGUUGCCACGUUCCAUUGUAGUGUUUCCAUUUUGUUUUGGUAAGUUGUGGUGUUUCCCCUGCAGAAAAAACAAUGCCUGGAUAUUUGUCAGCGAAGUUGCCUAGAAUCUUCUUACAUGUGUUGAGUACAGGAGAUAAUCCCGUUGUUUUCAGUGAAAACAGGUCCUUCUAUAACCUUAGGGGCUGCGCAGGUUUCCUGUUUAAACUCCUACCCCUGCUGUCAAUAGCCAUAAAAGCAGCCCCCCAAAUGGGAGAAGCUUGGGGAAAUUACACAGGUCUGUAUAUUUCGGUCAUCACACACAAAGGUACACAGCUGAGUUCUUGGUUAAAGUUGAUUCCUCAAAUUAUGGGACUUUUUUUAAUAUUCCUUCACGAAAUGCAAAGUCAGUCAGGACAGGACUGAAAUGGAGGUUUAUUCUGCUGUAUUCGUUUGUGACGGAAAAAAUAAAACUUGCAGGAACCGAAAAGGAUCUUGAGCUAAGAACAGAGUGCAAUAUUCCUAAAUACUACUGCUCUGAAACUCCUGAGUCGCGCAGUUUUCUGGAAACUGUGUCCGCAGCCUUAAGUUACAGCCUAAGAAGAUGCUGUUUUCUCUAGCCUUCUGCCACUUAUGUCUCAUCUUCGUGAUGGAACUGACAUCAGGUCACCUUUUGUCCUUCGCCGAUGUAUUUUCAUCCUGUGCUUAUUCUGACGCAAAGCACAUCUUUCUGUUGACUCCUUUCUCCUGGUGCUAGUGUCUCAUCCUGUUGCCGGCAGUGGGAUGGGGAGCUAAGUGAGACGUAUCCCUGGUACCUCGGGACUUAAAGAUGGCAGCGGCGGUUGGGAUGGAGCCCUUCUUAGCAAACGGUGAGGCGACGGAAACGUUGCCCUCUCAACAUGUAAAGGAACGUGCUUUCACAGAAGUGUGAAACGCAGCAAUUCCUCCUUAUACAGAUAAGUGUCACUAGUUGUUACCCUGUGUUCCCUCCCCAUCCUAACUCUUCCCCCCUCUCAUUCCUUUAAGAAUAUGGAAGCACAGCAAGGGGGGGGGGGAACCAGCUUGGUUUUUGCUUUUUGUUUCAGUCUUACAAAAGUAAUUAAACUUUUGAUGAAUUGUACUUCUUCUUUGCAAUGUUAAAAGUGGGAUAGUCAUCCAUUUCCUGUGGUGAGGAAGUUCUGAGUUGGCAACACAAAAGCCUUUCCUGUGUGUUAGCGUAGCUGAUGGUUCCGGAAAAUAAGUCUUUGUUUUUGUUUCUGAAUGUGGGCAUAAAAGAAAAUGACAGGUGCCUUUGAGGUAUUGAAGGAGGAGUGAGGAAACGGCAAGAGGAUUCUGGGGUCCAAAAAAGCUGGCCAGAGGGACCUAUGCCAGGCAGAAUCGAACAAGAGGCAAGCAAAGCCUAAACCUUUGGCUUCUUGAAUUGUUCUUGAAGAAUGGUUGGAUUUUCUUCUCCUCUCGGUAUACGAAUGGCAGCAUCCAGACAAUGAUAAUGUUGGGAAACAGUUCAUUUUUACGCGAUUGCUCUUUUGUUGGUGGUUGAGAGGAACGUACCUUGGUAUUUUGCGGCAUAUUUAAUCAUGAGUUGUUCCAUUUCUUUGUGUGACGUGACGUGCGAGGCCCCUCUCCAUCCGGUGUUGUAACACACUACAUUUGUUUAGUAUGGGGAGAAGGAGGGGGGAUACUCAAAAAUUGGUUGCGUUCGCUUCGGAAGAAAUUAAACGGAGGCUUCCUGAGACCAACAUCUGAAGGCAAAUGUGACUCCCAGGACAUUCCUAUGUUUUCUGAAUAGAGCUGGGAUUUCGAGGGGCAUUUUUACAACUCCAGAGACUUAAGUGUGGAAGUUUUAGGCAACAUUUUGAAGACACGUUUUUUUUCUCACCCUCGACAACGACAAAAGACACAAAACAACUGAAAGCGUCUGGUGACGCCUUGUUGACGAGAAACCUUGGAGUAAAACUUGGACCAUUUUGCAUACAUAUUUCUCACUUUACCUUAUAGAUGCAUAAUAACGUGCUUUUGAGUAUAAUAACAUCAAGCUUUAACCAAUAUUUAAAGACAGAAGAUGGCAUCCAUAACAUGAAAACUCAUUUUUUAUAUUUGUUUUAGAUGUUUUACCUAGUUGAAACGGCUUAUAUAAGAUGAUGAAUAAAAAUGUUGCUUGUAAUACAGUUUUGCCUGCUAAAUUCUCCACAUUUUGUAACCUGUUUAUUCCUUUGGAUGUAAAGCGUUUUUGCUUAGUAUUGUGAUACUGUACAUGUUUUUGUCCCAGUUGUAUAGUACCGUUUCAGUCCCCUCUUCCAGCUUUGGCUGCUGAAAUCAUACAGCUGUGAAAACUUUGCCUUUGUUUCUGUUUAGACGGCUUUUUCUCCCCCCCCCCCCCAGUUAUGUAUUAAAUACCAUAAGAAGUACUGUAGAAAAGAUGUCACUACUUCCUAUAAGGCUGUUUUGUAAAAUAUAUAUUAAGGACUGGAAGCGUGUUUUUAAAGAGAAGCAUUCAAGUAUGACAGUAUGCUAUCUGUGUUUUCACCAUUCAAAGUGCUGUUUGGUAGUUGAAACUUAAAACUAUUUAAUAUCUCAUUUAAUAAAGUGACCAAAAUACA